AUGAAGAAUCCCGACUAUAAAGAGAGCAGUGAAAAUUCUAUUACCGCUUUGCGGGACCUCGCCCGAAAGCAUUUGGAGAAAGCAGGUAUUCGUGUCUUGUAUGGUUUCUAUAGUGAACCGACCGAGAAAACCAAAUCCUGGAUCACCAUCCGUGACUCAUUGAAUGCCAAUGAAGCUGUAGCCAUCUCAGGAACAGCAGAUGCUGUUGCAAAGUUUUAUAAGGGGGUGGGCAAGUCCAUCCCAGCAAAACAAAGAAUGUCGGAUCAUGGAUUAUUCAAUACCUUUUUCAAGCAAAGUGUAUUUGAUGAGCUUAAAAAACUCUCAGAUGCUCGGGAUCGCGGUGAAUUAGGGAGGACGUUUGGCUGGACCGUUGCAGCCCAUAAAACCGGCACUGCUGCAUUAAUGCUGAAAACCUCAAGAGUGGAUGGUAUCAUUUAUGGCAAUGGUCUUCGGCAUUAUACAGACCACACUACCACCAAGAGCGCUUUCUCAACUAUUUCAACUUUUAUUAAAGGGAAUCCGUCUACCCACCACCUAGCGAAGGCUAACGAAUAUCCUUGGUAA